AUGCCAACGGCCUUGAUCAUUGGAGCCGGCGUGAGGGUCGGCCUCGACACUGCCACAGCCCUUGCGAAAGUCGGCUACACAGUGGCCGUCGCCUCACGCACCGACAAACUCGGCUCGAAGUUCAAGCACUUCCCCUUCGACGCCUCCAAACCCGAGAGCGUCCCAAACCUCUUCUCCGCGGUCAAGAACACGCUCGGUGCCCCCAGCGUCAUCAUCUACAACGCAUACGAGUCCACCCUCACGCCUCGCAAUGAUCCCUUAUCCACUCCCCUCACCACCCUAUCCACAAGCCUCGACGUCAACGCGGUGACCCCCUACGCCACCGCCCGAGAAGCCGUCGCCGCCUUCGCCUCCCUCCAGGCCAGCUCCACCCUCGGUCCCUCAGGCGGCACCUUCAUUUUCACCGGCAACCUCCUCGGCCUGGGCAUUGUAGCGCCCGGCUUCCUGCCUUUCGGCAUGGGCAAGUCCGCGGCUGCGCACCUCGUGCAGAACCUCGCACUCGUCGCCUUCGACGGCGAGCCGUAUAAGUUCUACUACGCAGACCAACGCAACGCUGACGGCUCGCCCAAGCCAACGGGGCUAAGCGGCCCCGCGCACGCGGAUCUGUAUGUGGACCUCGUGCAGGCCCCCGAGCAGCGACCCUGGCUUCAAACCUUUGUGGAGGGAGAGGGGUACAAGGCAUUUGCAAAGGAAGAGAUCUGGUGGCCGCAGUAA